GUCAAAGGAGAACUCCAAGCCGCAGUGUUUCACCUUGCCAUUGCGGAAAAAACCUACCUUUGACCUGCCAAAUUACAGCAGCCAUGUUCCUCUGCCGCCGCCACCUCACCUUCUCACCGCUCACCGCCGUCCCCUCUCCCAGUGGACACCGCCCUCUCAGGCCAAGAACGCCCAGAGCCCCAGUCCUCGCAUCCAAGAACCCCCCACCACGGCCAUGGCUACUGCCAAGGCGGCAAUGGCGGUGGCGGUGCAGCAGCACCGAUGCCGCCCAACCGUCGCCACCCCUCGUAGAGGCCAGUGUCUCCGGCGGCGGCGAGAAGAAGAGCUUCUGGGCGGCGGUGAGCCUCAUCAUCGGCACGGCGGUCGGGCCGGGCAUGCUGGCGCUGCCGUCGGCCACCAUCCGCUCCGGCCCGGCCCCCUCCACCGUGGCCAUCCUGCUCUCCUGGGCCUACGUCGUGUCCUCCAUCGUCCUCGUCGCCGAGCUCAGCUUCGCGGCCAUGGAGAGCGGGGGCGUGGACGAGGUCAGCUUCACGGGACUUGCGUCGAGCACCUUGGGGGCAACCUUCGGCGGCGUCGUCGCCGUCGUCUACGCUGCGCUGAGCUUCUCCCUGAUGGUCGCCUGCGUAGCCGGCAUCGGCUCGCUGGUCUCCCAGCUCUUCCCCGCGCUGAAUCCGGCCCUGGCGAACGCGCUCUUCCCGUGCUUCGCCGGGGUGCUCAUCGCCUUCUUCCCGUUCAAGGCCGUCGACGGCGUCAACCGCGUGCUCUGCGGCCUGAUGCUCGUCUCGAUCACGUCGCUUGUGGUGACAGGCGUCUCCGUCGGCCGGAGCAGCAUGCUGAAUUCGCUUGGCCACGCGUGCUGGAGCCCUGGUGCCAUCUUGCCGGCCAUUCCGGUCACCGUGCUCACGCUUGGGUUCCACGUGAUCACGCCAUUCAUCUGCAAGAUUGUAGGUGACUCGGUGUAUGAUGCACGCAGGGCAAUUCUCAUUGGGGGUGCUGUACCAUUGGUCAUGGUUUUGUCAUGGAAUGCGGUCAUUCUCGGAUUGGCAGGCGCGACCGGCAGUGCAAGGUUUGAUGACCCUAUUAAGCUUCUUCUCUCGGUGAAUCCAGCAGCAUUGGCUCCCGUUCGAGGCUUCGCGUUCGCUGCUUUGGCGACGAGCUUGAUAGGAUAUGCCGUCAGCUUCCCGAAGCAGCUGGAAGACACUUUGCAGUUGAUUGUUAACAGAUUUUCUCCGACGCAAGGAAGUGUGGAGUUGUCCGAUGCUGGUGGUGAUCAUGGCAGGAACGAGGUGGUUCUUACGUUGGCAGUGCUGAUCAUUCCCAUAUUUAUUGUAUCAUUCUUUUCAACGGCGUUUGCCAAGGCAUUAGAUUUCGCCGGGGUUUAUGCAAACUGCUUCUUGUUUGGGAUCCUGCCUCCUGUGAUGGCCUGGAUUCAUCGGUCACGGAAAAAGAGGUCACCUGGUUCAUGUGAAGAUAUUUUGCCUGGUGGGAAUGCUGUUCUCUUGGUACUUUUCAUCGUUGCGGUUAUCCUAGCAUUCCGGCAUUAAAAGGUGACUGACUACCCUGAAUAUCUCUGUUUCCAACCCUACUGGACCUCGUUGAGCUGCACAUGGAUGAGUGGUGCAAUUUCACUUCGGUCGAGGAAUGGUGGCGCGCCCUGGCUAAUAUCAAUGACAAUGGUGGUGCUGUUAGGAAGGGGCUUGUUUCCAUCCUCAUGCUUGUGUUGUGGGAAGUGUGGAAUGAGCGCAAUGCGAGAGUUUAUAGGAGCAUUUCAUCUAUGCCAAGUGUAGAAAUUGGUAUGAUUAAGGAGGAGGCCAGGCUAGGGGUUUGUUGCGGGCGCCAAACCUUUGAGUUCGAUCAUGCCGCGAGAGUAGUACUCUGUGGGUCGGUUGCCGGUUCUGUAUAGCUGCUCGUCUUAAUUAUGAACAGGGCAAAGCUUUUGCCGUUGUUUCAAAAAAAGAAACCCUAUUGGCUGACAAGAUGCCCUUGUCAUGUUCAUAGGUACGGAGUAAGAUGAGGUGCCAGAUUUCGGUUGAAGCGGCGAUGCUCCCUGUACGUCAUUUUUAUUCAGAUACAGUACCACCUCUUGAUUUUAGGA